GUUGUGGACCUUCUUAUAAAACCGCGACUUCUCAUUCGUCAGCCUGUGGCAGUUUGAAUUUGGUGGCGGCGGUCGCACGUCCUGUUAGCUACUGGGCCGCUCCCUUUUAGCUUGAGCUGCGAUUUUCUUAGCCCUUGUUUUGGGACCCGCAACCUUCACCGAAGCGUCAUGGCUCCGGCUAGGAAGGGUGGCAGUCGAGUAACCAAGACCAACUCGUUACGGAGCCGGAAGCUCACCUCCUUUCUUAAGGACUUCGAUCGUGAAGUGCAAAUACGAUCCAAGCAAAUUCAGUCAGACCGUCAGAACCUCCUUAAGGAGAUGGAUAACCUGUACAACAUCGAGAUCCUGCGGCUCCCCAAGGCGCUGCGCGAAAUGAACUGGCUCGACUACUUCGCCCUUGGAGGAAACAAGCAGGCCCUGGAAGAGGCAGCAACAGCCGACCUGGAUAUCACAGAAAUAAACAAACUAACAGCAGAAGCUAUUCAGACACCCCUGAAAUCUACCAGAACACGAAAGGUAAUACAAGUGGAUGAAAUGAUAGUGGAAGAAGAAGAAGAAAAUAAAAAUAAGAAACUUCAAACUACAAGAGUCAAAAGGUGUCCUCCAUCCAAGAAGAGAACACAGUCCAUACAAGGAAAAGGCAAAACCAAAAGGUCCAGCAAUUAUAACACUGUUACCCCAGCUAUGGGCCGAAUGGAAUUGUCUAUGGUCAAACCAACUCCAGGCCUGACACCCAGAUUUGACUCAAGGGUCUUCAAGACCCCAGGCCUGCGUACUCCAGCAGCCAGAGAGCGGAUUUACAAUAUCUCGGUGAAUGGCAGCCCUCUCGCCGACAGCAAAGAGAUUUUCCUCACUGUGCCAGUGGGAGGUGGAGAGAGCAUGCGGUUGUUGGCCAGUGACUUGCAGAGGGUCGAUAUCGCACAACUGGACCCAGAGGCCUUGGGAAAUAUAAAGCAGCUAUCUAGCCGUCUUGCCCAAAUCUGCAGCAGCAUACGGACUCACAAAUGAGGCUGCUAUUCCAAGAAGCCAAACUUGACAGGAUGGAUCUUCAGUGGGCACUUCUGGGACCUUCUUCACUUAAAGUUUAUUGUGUGUUUGAGUGUGAAGUUCCAGAGCAAGGAGCAAUAUUCCUCCUGGAGAAUUCGGGAAGUGAGGAGACACUGUUCCCCCAUCAUUUAGAUAAAGUUUUGCUAUUCACACCUCUUACUCCAGGUGACAGAGACACUGCCUGCUGCCUCCAUGCAAUCAACUUCCUGUCAUUCUCCCAGCUGAAUUCUCCUUUCUAUUUUCAGAGCUGCAGCCUUCUGCCUCCUGUUACUCGGUGUCCUCUGCCCUGCCCUAACUACAGUGGAGGUUGGCAUGGCAGAACCUCAUGUUCUUGGGAAGACUGCCUACUUACCCUCUUCAGAGAACCCUCUGCAUCUGGCAUUUUCUGCUCUGUUUGUGCUUGAGGCUGGGAGGUUUGGGCUCAGAGAAGUGAGAGUGCCAGGCCAUGAGAGGGCAGAUCCAGAAAGCUGGGUGGAACUGUACAAAUGGGGCCAAGACAGAGGGACAGGACAUGUCUCACCUCCCACGCGCAUCCCCCUCCUCCUGUGGUGGGGACCCUGGGGCUUUGGAAUCUCACUGCUGUGCCCAGUAGUUUUUUUCAGGCUGGCUUGCGGAAGUGUUUCGUAUUUAUCUCUCUUUACCGAAGACCAAAAAUUGGUUUGGAGGCAGUUUCCAUGUCUUGCUCUUCUACCUCUCCAGUUAGUGGGAACUGUAGGACUUAGAUUAGUCUGGGUUUUUAUGUGACUGGCACAGAGGAACUCUAAGCUCUCCGUGGUCCAGUUGUCCAUGUCAGGUCCGUAGACUGCAGAGAGCACUUCUCUCAUGGGUUUCAUCAGGGCAACGGAUGUUACUUUGGUGGUGGCCUCAUUUCAUGCGUUUGGCCUGUGCCCUGGGUGUGGACUAGUUCUUUGGAGUCAUCACUGACAUCCUUGUGUGCCAGCUGGCACCUCUGCCCCAAAGAAUCAUGGGAUGUGGUCCAAGAAUAUGGGAACUGAGAGUUCCCACCCCAAGCUUAAGAGCACACAGUCUUCUCCUUUGGCUCUUUGCUGUACUUUGUAGUAUUUUGCUCUGUGACCAUUCUAGUAAUCCAGUCCUGUUUAAGUUGUAUUCAAGUUGUUAUAUUCUCCCAUUCCUGAGACUUUUGUAUAUAUUGUUUUCCUCAGUAAUGGUAUCUCUUAGCUGAUUUCUUCUAAUCAGCUAUUGAAAAGUAUGUGUUUUCAAUAAACUGUGAGAUUGUUUUAAAUCAA